UGGUUGUGUAAGAACUUGGGAAUUAUAUUUUUCAACAGCCAGGACCUUUUAGGGGGGGGGACGCAAGCUCUAACGAGGUACAUUAUGAAUCAGUAAUCAUGUAAAGUAAGGUAGAACGCAAGACAGCAUACAGUGCGAAUAUUGUUGUCUUUGGACCAUUACGUUCGACCCCCUCCUCCCCCCUCCGCACAAAUGUAUGGAGGCACUGCGGCACAUUGCGCACACUUGCGGACUGCGUGGCUUUGCGUUCAAAGGGAGAGCGGAAGACAGGAAGAGGGGAAAGACUCCGCCAAGAGGGAGGGGAGGUCGGCUUCCUUUUCCUCUGAGCACACACAGCUAUAGAGAACACACCGGGAGACAGAGCACACUCUUUGACUGAGGCAGGAAGAGAAGAAAAAACGCGUCCGUCGUCAAGCGUUCUUCCGUGUGUGCUUGGGGAGGACACUUGCGGACUAACAUGUGGGGAAGACAGCGUUCCUGACCGGCUCCACUUGGCGUGAACCUCCGCUUGCUCUUGAGGAAAACAGAGGCGACAUGUUGAGGGGGGUUUCGUCUUGAGGUUGCUGUAGGAUGUUGAGGCUCGAAAACAAGCGGCCAUCACUGUAGAAACGGGAAAAAAACAUAUUCCUUAAGGAAAUUUGGGCGAUCGGCAGCCAUUUAUUGUUAACGGUGCUGUUUUAAUUGGUUUGUUAUGGUGCGGAAUAGCAUAGGCCGCUUUCCGAUGCACCAUAAAUAGCCAGAAGCGGACAUAUUUGAUUAUUUUACCCAUACAAAGUCCCAUGUAUAUUAUUGGGGAGUCGCAUUAGUUCCUAGCGUUGGAAAGGGGCUCACACAAAGGCCUGGGCUAAUUUAACCGCACUUACGCUAAGCACAAAGCCUAGAAGCAAGCAAGCCCCCCCCCCCAGUUAGCUUAAAGAAGAAGACAUAAGCCCGGUUUUUUAAAUGUUAAUGUCGACCGACGUUGCAUCCAUCAUGCUGCCCGUGUCCCGCGGUCUCAUGGAGCGGGAUAGAGAGCUGGACACCCUGGUCGGGGUGCACCCAAACGCGGGGGGCGCUCCUGCAACUGUUCGGGGAAUGAAGCGAGGAGACCCAGAGCCUGAUGGACAGACGGCGGUGGCACUGGUCGAGUCUGUCGGGGCUGAGUGCAAACGUCCUCGCAUGGACGGGACUGGAGGUAUCGGCGAGAUUGGACAGAACAAUGACCCACUGACCCUUGGUUACCAUGGAUACCCGUCUCACAGUCAGGGCUCUCAGGAUAGUACUUCUGGUCAGGAAGGGCUUGUACCUCCACCCUUCUCCACCUUCCCUCCACCACCGCCACCACCGCCACAAAAUGGCCUUGCGCUAGAUUACGGCAGCAGCCUGUAUGCAGCAGGUGCGGUCCAGGGUCCUGUGGAAGCAGGCGGAGCAGCCAACAGUGUCGCCAGCGUUUCCAACAGUCUUACUGGUCAACAGUCAGAUGGCUCUUCUCAGAUUGAUGGCCAGUCUGGCUCAGGAGGAGGAGGUGGCGGCGGUGGGAGCAUCGGCGAUGACUCAGACGCCAAGGGGACACCCAAACGCCUCCACGUGUCCAACAUUCCCUUCCGCUUCCGAGAUCCUGACCUACGGCAGAUGUUUGGGCAAUUUGGCAAAAUCCUCGACGUCGAGAUCAUUUUCAACGAGAGGGGUUCCAAGGGCUUCGGUUUUGUAACAUUCGAGACAAGUGCAGAUGCGGAGAGGGCCAGAGAGAAGCUUCAUGGUACUCUGGUGGAAGGACGUAAAAUUGAGGUCAACAAUGCCACUGCCAGAGUGAUGACCAAUAAGAAGAUGACGACCCCGUACUCCAAUGGAGAAGGACUUGCAGCCCUUCCAUACGCUGGCUGGAAGCUGAGUCCUGUGGUAGGAGCCAUGUACAGUCCUGAACUCUACACAGUCCCAGGGUUUCCAUACCCGACAGCAGCCACAGCUGCUUCCACGGCAGCCGCUGCUGCGACCUUUCGCGGUGCCCAUCUGCGGGGUCGUGCACGGCCCGUCUACAGUGCAGUCAGGGCAGCAGUGCCACAACCUGCCAUCCCCACCUACCCUGGUGUGAUGGCCUAUCAGGAUGGUUUUUAUGGUGCAGCUGAUCUUUAUGGUGGCUACGCGGCAUACCGUUAUGCCCAGCCUACUGCAGUAGCAACACCUGCAGCUGCGGCGGCGGCGGCAGCAGCUUAUAGCGACAGCUACGGCAGAGUCUACACAGCUGACCCAUACCACGCUGCACUCGCCCCAGCGGCGUACGGUGUCGGAGCCAUGGCCACGCUGUACAGAGGAGGCUACAGUAGAUUUACCCCCUACUAAGAACACUAAAGUUCCCAGGAGCUCUUCCAGUCAAUACACCCCUGAAAGAGCUCCCUCUGUUGUUGUGGAUGUGGACUGCACCCAGCUUCAAGUCACCCACCCAGAGAGGUCCCAUGUUUCAUAUAUAUGCUACCACAGAGAGAGAGGAAUGCUUUAUCAAAGACUGAUGGCCCCUGGCCUUUACAUUACAUUACAAGAAAAAAAAAUGGGUUAAAAAAAAAAAAAGUCCAUCUUCCCUAUUGCACGGCUGUAUUAUAUCCCGCCCCCCUCUACCCCUGUCACUCAACACUCAGCAGCACAAGACUCUGGAUGGAGCCAGAUGUUCUUCCAAAUGCUGUUUUGUUGACCUUUUAACCCGUUGUCAGCCAUGUCUGACAACGACGUGCACGAGAAACACAAGCAACUGUUUCAAGCUAGAAGUUGCACCAGUGCAAGAAAAAAAGAAAAACAAAACAUUUUUGACCCUAAAACACCCACUGAUGGAUUCCAUGAUUCUUCCUGACUGGAUAGUAGAAUAAAGGAGAGGAUUCCCAUUCCCACUGUGCUCCUGUAGAGGGACUCAACAUGUGGCAGCUUGGAAAUGUAUGAAAGCUGAGGGAGGGAUGGUAACUAAGCGCCAGUCUUUACCUCAACUUUUCUUAGUAUACGGAAACGGUGUACCUUUAAAAUUGCUCUUAUGCAAACAAAUUAGUUUAGAGGCAAAGUUACCAAAUUUCUAAUCACUGUAAUUAUUCUCCCUUGUCAUUGUUUUGUUUGCCAUCCGCUGCUCUUUACUGACACAGCGUGUUCUCCCCACAGUUUAGUAGCGAAUGGUACAAUUAGUUUAUGUUCAAAAUACGGUAUUUCCUCCUAUAGUGGCAUUUAAUUACUUAACUGAAGAGAGUAUCUGGUGUCUUUUUAGUGACAAGUCACUUUUACGAUUUUUUUUAAUAUAAUAUAUAUACAAUACAAUAGACAUGGUGUGAAUAGAUGUUUCCCCCUUCUUGAAUUUUUUUUUUUUGCAUGUUUGUUGCACAAACAGUAAAAUAUCAGUCAGUAUUUAAAUUUGCUUGAUGAUGUGAAACAUUUAAGUGUGACAAACAUGCAAAAAAACAAGAAUUCAGGAAGGGGGCAAACACCUUUACACACCACUGUAUGUAUUUACAGUGUUGGCUAACAUUUUAUUGGCCACUACUUUGGUUAGCGCGCAGGCCACAAGGCUAGGAGACUCUGGUUCGAUUCCAAUUCCAAAAACAUGCUAGGUUAAUUGGUGACUCCAAAUUGUCCAUCAGUAUGAAUGUGAGUGUGAAUGGUUGUUUGUCUAUAUGUGCCCUGUGAUUGGCUGGGAUAGGCUCCAGCAUACCCACGACUCUUGUGAGGAUAAGCGAUAGAACAUGGAUGGAUGGCCCCUACUUUCUAUGUGGAAUAUACGGUAUCUAGUCUUAUGCUCGCUUCUACAGUAAAUUCCAGCUUUACAGGUGCCAUGUGUGGCCUGUAGGUGGUCGGUCUACCACAACAAAUGGUGAUAUUCAUAGUAAAGCCACCCAGUGGUACCAUUGCAUCUACAGGAGUGGAGGCCACUAUUUAAGGAAAUACAGUAUGUUUUUAAAAUCACCCCUAAAAGUGAAUAGUACCAAUUGGAGUGGAUUGAGGCCUCACGAGGCUUAAGAACAGAAAAAAAAACAAACACAUGGUAAUAUUUUGCCUUUUUAUUUUUUACCACACCAUAAUGUCACUACACUGUGUGAAAUCACCUCAGCACACGCAAAAAAAAACCCCACAACACUACGCUGACAAUGCUCGUUUCAGUUUUUUAGCUAUUGUAGAAAUUUAACCCCCCCGCCACCCUCACCCCCCACGCUCCAUCUUUUUGUGAGCAAGUCCAACGUAAGCUGAUUAAGUCUUCCUCGGGGGGGAAAAAAAAAAGAAUAAAUAAUGAAUAGAUGCAGAGAUUUCUGGUGAAUUAAUGAGAAAGAAACAUAUUUAAAUGCAAAACACCUUACUAUUGUGCAAAUUUCUAUACUGUUGUAUUCUAUAUUUCCAAAUGUGGCUUUUUUUGGCUUUUGUUUUUUUUUGUUCCAAAGAUUUGUAGAAAGCACAUUUUUCGGAUUAUAUGUAUAAAUAUAUUAUCUUAAUGUCAUAAUCUUUGAUGAUCCUGUUGCUGUCUUGAUUUACUUUGUAUUAUUUUUUUUAUAUCUGCAAGUGUUGUUUUUUUCCUAAGAAGGUGCAAGUUGAAUCAUUUUUUAAAAGAAUUACUGAGUAAAUGCUAAGUCAUCCUGAGAGGUGACGUGAAGGUAUGCAUGUAAACACUAGCAGACUGUUUAUGAGGUAAUUAUUUAGCAUGACCAUCCAUGAAAAUAGAUGUCCAUAUAUUUUCAGGUGAACGAGCAGCUAUUAUAACACUACUUUGCUUUUGCAAUGACUCCGUACAUUUCAAGAGAGCACAUCUGUACACAUCAGGUGAUUCUAAAUUUUGUGUGUGACAGAUUUCUCCUACUUAUUUUUUUUUUUAUGUGCUGCUCAUUUUUUUAAUAUCUUCAUUGAGCUAUACAAUGUGCUCUGGACUAAUUAAUGUUAAAAAAAAAAGACUAGCCAAAGACGCUAACAGCAGUCCUGUGUGCAUUCUACAUUUCCAAGGCAUGGACAAACCAGCAUGAAUGAUAUUUGUCAAGUUAAAAAAAAAAAAAAAAAAAGACGAAAGUUGUUUUGCAUGAGUCUUGUGUCUUUCAUAUUUGACUUCUGAAAAGUCCAUUUGCAUCCUUCCUUAAAUGAAAACCAUGACGAAUGACGACAGGCAGCUAGCGGUCAGUGGACACAGUGUUCACGUUGUUAUGGUUCUCCUGCAACUGUAUUAUAGUCAUCAGAAAACCUGGCCCCUCUUCGUUAUGGUUGCUUUUAGUUCUCAGUGACUUACUUUUAGUCUCCCUUUGACUGCCAUUAUGUUGGGGUUUUUUUUGUUUUGUUAUUGAAUGUCCAUAUAACAUUUUAUAUAAAAUUGUUUUGUUGUGAUAA